AUGGCCGAAACCCCCAAGCUCCUGUGGAACCCCGAAAACGUCAAGGACGUAGCCGAGUCGGUCGGCAUCAGCUCCCUUAACGAUGAAGCUCUCAAGUGCCUGACCCAGGACGUCGAGUAUCGUAUCGGCCAGGUCAUUGUCGAGUCCCUGCGCUUCAUGCGCGCCGCCCGCCGAACCACUCUCACUGUUAACGACAUCUCGCUCGCACUCAAGGCUCUCGACGUGGAACCCCUCUACGGCUACGACUCGACGCGUCCUCUGCGCUACGGCGAGGCCAGCCUCGGUCCAGGCCAGCCGCUGUUCUACAUUGAGGAUGAGGAGGUUGAUUUUGAGAAGCUCAUCAAUGCGCCUCUACCCAAGGUCCCUCGCGACAUGGGUUUCACUGCACACUGGCUCGCCAUCGAAGGUGUCCAGCCCUCUAUCCCCCAAAACCCAACGACAUCCGAGUCCCGAUCGCAAGAACUCCUCCCCAAGGGCCCUGGAGCUAAUCCCGCCCUCUCUGCACUCGCCGGCAACGACAAUGUCGCAAUGAAGCCUUCCGUUAAGCACAUCGUCAGCAAGGAGCUCAUCCUCUACUUUGACAAGAUUCAAGCCGCAAUUCUAGACGAUAACCCGGACGAGGAGGUUGUGCGACUCCGACAGGCUGCUCUCGGUUCCGUGAGGGACGAUCCCGGUCUGCAUCAGCUCAUCCCAUACUUUAUCAACUUCAUCAUGGAUCGUGUAACGCACCAUCUGGACGACACUUUCACUCUUAAGCAGAUGAUGGAGUUGACAAACGCCCUUAUCGAGAACAAGAGCCUCUUCCUCGAUCCCUACGCCAGCCCUCUCUCUGCGCCCGCCCUGACUUGUCUAAUGGCCCGAAAGCUGGGUGCUGACGAAGGAGUCGAUGCCAUCAAGGAGCAGUACGACUUGCGACAACUGGCUGCAUCGCUAGUUGGACAAAUCGCUCGCAAAUACUCAGCCUCAAACACUCUCCUCAGAACAAAGCUCACACGAACAUGCCUCAAGUACUUCCUCGAUCCCACCAAGCCACCCGCGGUCCUCUACGGUGCCAUCCAUGGUCUGCUCGAGGCCGGCGGACCCGAAGCCAUCCGAGUUUUGGUGCUGCGAAACCUCAAGACCUUCGACACAGCAAUUCUACAACCUCUCAAGGAAAAGGCCGAGGGCACCAUGGACUACGAGAUGCUUGUACAGGGCAUUGUGCAAGCCGUCGCAUCCCUGUCGGAGCGGGGCGAGUCGAGCGUCAACGGCGUCAACGGCACAGCCAACUUGGAGUCGGAGGUCUCGGAGCUGAAGGAGUUCAUUGGAACAAUCGUAGGGGAAAAGAUUGCCUCGUCCGGCAACAGGAAGCUGAUCCGGGCGAUUCUGGAUGCUCGGUUCUUGGAGUAG